GCGCCGGGUGAGACGCAACCACGGCUUCGACAGAAGAAAGAUCUGGUCGGCAUUGAGCUGACUGCUGCAUUCUCACGACUCUUCUGCUAUUGUUGACACGAUUGUCCGUAGGACUUGCUCAUCAAGAAUUUCUGUUUCUGUCAAAAUCAUCAAAUCCUUGCCGACUCGCCAAGAAACCAUCAGUAAUCGAAGAAAUCAGCGGACGGAGAAGCAAAAUGGAGAUGCAACAAGAAAGCAGUAUCAUCACCGCUCCAGCGCCACAGGUCGAUCAAUAUGAGCGUCAUGGCUAUCUCUUCGGAUACCCAAUCGCACACUCAUACUCGCCGCUACUACACAACACGGUGUUUCAAGAACUGGGACUGCCAUGGAGUUUUCAACUACUAGAGUCGACCGAUAUGUCACAAUUCUUGUCGCUCGUAAAGGACCGGAGACUAUACGGCUCUGCCGUGACAAUGCCUCAUAAGGUGGCGAUAAUACCACACUUGGACGAACUUACAGACGAGGGCAGAGCCGUCGGAGCCGUGAAUACCAUUUUCCUUCGAGACGGCAAGUAUGUUGGAACAAACACCGACACCAUCGGCGUUCGAGAGAGCUUCUUCCAGAAUAUUUCGAAUCCUGAGGAGGUCUUCCUUGGGAGGCCUGGCCUCGUCGUUGGUGGCGGCGGCGCUGCACGCUCAGCAGUAUAUGCCCUCGUUGCGUACAUGAAGUGCUCGACAGUGUACCUGGUAAACCGAGAUCCAGCAGAGGUGGAAGCAGUGAUGUCUUGGUGUAAGUCGGAAGGUUAUGGCGACGGACUUGUCCAUGUGAAGACAGUUGCCGAAGCAGAAGCAUUGGAAGGUGCAGGCGCGAUCGUAGCAUGCGUGCCGAACUUUCCUCCGGUGACAGAGGCUGAGAAGGAAGCGAGGCGGAUAACAGAAGUUUUCCUCAACAAGUCUCACAAAGGCGCUAUGCUUGAGAUGUGCUACCAUCCAUCACCCUGGACAGAGCUGGGUGGACUUGCAGAGGCAGCAGGUUGGAAAGUCAUUCUUGGGACGGAGGCGAUGAUCUAUCAGGGAUUUGCGCAGCAUACUCUCUGGCACGGGCGGACCAUUGAGCAGCUUCCUGUUGAGGAGGUCAAAAAAGUCGUUGCGCAUGCGUUAUCUCAGGCGAGGUUGUAGAAAGACUGUAUAAAUAUGAAGCGCUCCUUCGAGGUGCUAAUUUGUGGCCAUUACGCUGUUAGAGUUGUUGUAUUUCUGUCGCAGUCGUACCUCAUAUACCAGGUCGGGUAUAGUCCAGGCUCUCCACGCGCCGCCAUACUUCUCUGACAGUUCGUUCCUGGC